GAAAUGGUUCCCAACAUGGCGGGCUAUGUUGAAUUUCUAAGAAGGUUUCUUAUAUUUUUUGUUGCCUUUCUUUGUUUAUCAUCAGCGACUGUGCCUAAGGAUCAGCAAAGAAAGAUUACCAUUAAAAGUAUACCAUGCCCAACAAGUAUAACAGAGUGCAGUAACACAACUUACAUCAUUCAUGUUAUUGCUGAGAGUACAGAUAAACAGAAUUCCAUGCACUAUCUUUGGUCUGUCAUUGGUUCUCCAACUAUUAUUGCAGCUUACUUUGACAGUACAGAUGUUAAUGUAUCAAUUGAUUGGAACCAUGUCUUGAAUAACAAUUCCACAAUGGGAAUUACGUUUACACAAACAAGUCUUCACGUCACAGCACUUGUUAUUCCAGCUAUUUAUGAGUUUCAGGAUAAAAAAGAUGAACUGUUUUACACUGAGAAAGAUGUUGUGAACACUAUUGUGAAACAUGGCUUCCAGGAUGAGGUAACACACUGGGAAGAACCUGAAAUUGAUCACAAAAACAAUGUGACAACUUUUAGAGGGAAAAUGUUGGGAGGAACAGUUAUUUUUCAGUGCAAUGCAUCAGCAAUCAAGGACAGAGAGUCAAUAUUGCCACAUCAACAAUUUUCCAGCAAUUCUACAGUUUUUACACUGACACUUCACAAGUUAACAAAUCUCCAACACAAAGGGCAUACUCGAUUUAUAUUUGAAUUGGUCUCAUUUUCUGAGGAUGACAGCUCCACUUGUGUUAUAGCUCAAAAGUCUCUUGAUGAUGAACACACUCCAGCUGUUUUUAAAACCAUUGUCAUCAACAGUACACUUGGCAGUCAUUCAUCAUACAGUGCAUGGAAACCUGUAGCCUACCUGAAAGAGUCAAGGAAACUAAGUAACCAAGUCCCUUCUUUUUCAUAUUUUGGCAAUCAGCAUCGGUUUAUCAAUAAUAAACAGUGUCAAACUCUCCCAUCAUCAUCCUCUACAGAAGACUUCAUCAGCAUAGUUUCACAUCUGAAGGGGAACUUCAUAUCAAGUCAAAUGAAUAUUUCCUUUGGACAACAAAAAGAUGGCUGGUAUGAUGGCCCAGAGGGUUCCAGAUAUCUCACAUG